AUGCACAACCGUUGAAUUUACUAUUCAGUUGAACUUGAACCGUGUAUGUGUUGAAUUAAAAUAUUUUCACGCAAGUCUGAAACGCUAUAGCAAAUUAUACAUCGAACUCUGGAACGUCGAAUUUAAUCGAAAAAUAGUUAACAUGGAGUGUGGUUGGGGUGUAAUUAUUCUGUUGAUUUUGUACAUCAUUUGGGAUGUUAACUACUUCAUACGAGUUGUUUUCACCGUUGUAUUCGGUCGGUUAUUCCAGAAGAAAGUAAAACUUACGGACACUACAUCCAUUUUAGGUUUCUGCACUUCACAAGAUGUUGACAUCUUUAUCCGCCAUAUGAACAACGCAAGAUAUGUACGAGAAUUAGAUUUUGCCAGGUUCCACUUUUACGCAUUGACUGGUUUAUAUGAAGAGAUUAAAAAAUCGAAAGGAGGUGCUGUCCAGGGUGCUUCUUCUGUGAGAUAUAGACGUACCAUUCCCAUUUUCAGUUCAUACAGAAUCGAGACAAAGCUAAUUUGGUGGGACGAGAAAGCUAUCUAUUUGGAACAGAAGUUCAUCACAUCUUCCGACAAUUUUGUUCGAGCGAUCGCUACGUCAAAACAAUGCAUUACCAAUGUUAAUGUACUGGACCUGAUGAAAAAGUUCCCUGAAUGUGUCAACCGACCAGCUGCCCCUGAAGAACUAGAAAUUUGGUUAAAUGCUAUCGAACUUUCCAGUCAGAAAUUAAGGAAAGAUAAAUAAAUGUAAUGAUGAUCCGUGUUUGUUUCAUAAUUUU